AUUACGUCAUUCACAACAUCCGAUAAGUUGUUCCUGCUUUUAGGAAGUAAAUCUAGAGCGGUGUUUAUACACCAGACGGGACUGUCAAAUCGAUAUUUGAGACACUCUAAAGGUGUGUCUCAAGCAUCCCAUUUUUUAACGAGAUAGUUUAGAUGUUUCUAACGGGGGGCACAGUGUCGUGUGACGUUAUUCGCCGUUUUUCGUAAGUGCUAGUCAAGUGACACACUAAACAGGCAGUGGCUUUUGUGGAUGUUGUGGGGGUUUGACUAGACGAACUUCAACUCGCUGGCCUCAAAAUGUUUCUGUUCACGAAAAAGAAGAAACCCAGUGAGGAUUCCAAGAAACGAUUUGAGUACCAGUUGUGCUUGGCCAAAGAAGCAGGCGCUGAUGAUGUUCUGGAUAUUUCUGCCUGUGAGCUUACAGAGGUUCCUUCCUGUGCCUUUUCCAUCUGUAAAGUUCUCCAGAAAAAAGUCUUUAUUCUCCAUGGAAAUUAUUUAAAAUCAAUUAUACCUAAAGGUUGCUGCAUUAGUGCCUUAGCAACCAUAAAGGUUUUGGAUGUCCAUGAUAAUAAGCUCACAUCACUUCCCGAUGACCUGGGGCAGCUUUUGUCCUUACAGGUGCUGAAUGUAGAAAAGAAUCAAAUUAAACAGCUGCCGGACACUAUAGGGGAUCUACGGCAUCUACAGACACUAAAUGUGAAAGCAAACUGCCUUACUGUGAUUCCUGUAUCUGUGGGUCGAAUGAGCAGUCUCCGCACACUGGACCUAAGUGAAAACAGCAUCAGAGAGCUACCCAAGGAACUGGCCUGUGCUCGCACUUUGGAAAGCCUGAUCCUGGAUGCAAAUGUUAUGAGCUAUCCUCCUGCAUCAGUGUGUACAAGUGGCACAGAGGAAAUUCAGCAGUACCUUUGCUCAGAAAUGGGUCUGGAGUAUUGCCCUCCAUCCCAGUAUCUCCUGCCUGUGUUGGAGCAUGAUGGAGCGAAGCCGGAUGAGGAUUGUGUUGAUGGUGAGGAGAUGUCUUGGCAGAUCAAAUACAUGGACUAUGAGAAGAGAAAGGAGCAGAAACAGCAGGAAAAGGUGAUAUUUGAAAAGGAGCUAGAGGAGAAACAGCGAGAGCACACUCAACUCCUCUUCCUCAACAACACCCGCAAAGAGGACGCUCUGCUGUUUGUCAAACAGAACAAGACUCACUCCCAAAAAUGGGAUGAUUGACACAGAGAUAUCCAUAGCAAAGUUCUGCCAUCUAGCGUGCUUAUCACUCACAGCUUUGACCAAAAUAAUUUGACAGCGUUAUGUUUUGCAAUAAACCUCCGUCUUGACGUUGUGUAUUGUAUGCAUUUAAAGGCUGCUCCACAGCGCGCUGUCUUGCACUGUUGCCAGGUCCUCGUCUUUUUUGUACUUGCAUACCGUUUUGGUUUUCUCAAGAAGUGAUCAAGUUUUUGGUGAUCAAGAUUCCAGUCCCAAUAUUUUUUACUUUUAGGUAAAGCAUUUGCAUUUAUUUCGGUUUAUUAUUGGAUUUUUCUUGUUGGCUGUUUUUUUUUGUGUAAGAUCUGGCAACACUAGUCAGCAAACGCUCGUGCCUCUGUCAUUUUCUGCACCGCGCAUACUGAAGACAUUUUUCCCCGUCUAGGCAUUUAUUUUUUCAGAAGAAAGACCUGAUUUGUACAUGAUUCAUGUUUAAACACUAUAUAUUAACUACUAGUUGUUCAGUUCGGUUAUGUACACACUAUGCAGAGUUUCUGUAAAUGCGGUUGUCGCUACCUGGAUUUUGCGGCAGUUAAUUCAGUUGUAGAAUGCGGUUGUCAGUCCCAUAAAUUACUGAACUGUGUGUGUGUGUACAGAACAGGAUAAGCAUUAAAAGGUGAGUGACAACCGAAUUAAUAUGCAGUGUAUACGGGACCUAUAUAAUACGCAUAUAAUACAAUCUAUAUAUGUACUUAAAGGCAUAGUUUACCCAAAAAAAUCAUAAUUUACUCACCCUCAUGUUGUUCUAAACCUGUAUGAGUUUCUUUAUUCUGUUGAACACAUAAGAAGAUAUUUUGAUGGUAAGCACUCAGUUGACGGUCAUAGUAUUUGUUUUUCCUACUAUGGUAGUCAAUGGGUACCGUCAACUGUGUGCUGACCACCAUUUGUUAGAUUUUAGACAACAUGAGGGUGAGUAAAUGAUGACAGAAUAUUUAUUUUUGAGUGAACUGUGCCUUUAAUUUGAUUGAACAGAACAACACUCAAGCA